UUGACUGAUUGAUUUAGUGUGUUCGUUGUCACCAUGGUAACAGAUUAACGACCACGUCGCUCUUUAAGCACAUCUUUAGUGGUAGCUUAGAAAGGUUUAUUUAAAAAAAAAAAAAAAAAAGGUAAAUAUAUGUGUAUGUUUUUAUUUGUUACAGGGUUUUUUUGUUCGCGGUUAAUUUGUUUAAAUAUCGCUGAUACAUCCUGGCUGACUCUCCCCGUGUGACGCCAGGCAGGCAGGGAGGAGGAGGAAGAGGGAUCCUGGGGAUACAGACAGCAGAUGCCUUUGCAGCAAACGACCAGGGAGGAUGUCUGUCUGCGUCCGGGUGUUGUUGCGGGACCAAAUGCGGAAAUGUUAAGGACAAACCUUGAGUCAUAAAAAAUGCAACUCUUAUGUUGUCCACAUGGUAUGGUGGGGACGUCCUGAAUGAAGUGCUUCUGAAAAAGAAGUGUCGUGAUCUUGAGGACUUGGACUUUCUGCAGCUAUAAAACACAAGCUUUCUGGGGCGAUGGAAAGUGGAGCUUUCCUGGCCUCCUUGGAUCAGUUCAUGCUGAGCCCCCUUGUCACCUGGGUGAAGACAUUCAUUCCAGCUGAUGAGGGCAUCCACUUGGACUUUUCUGACCUUCUGGAUGGAGUGAUUUUGAACAUGAUAAUGGCUGAAAUAAAUCCCUCAGCUCCACCUCAGGGUGUAAACAAAGUCUGCAAAGAUUCAGUUCAAAGGAUCCAGAACCUGAAUGUUCUUGUCCAGCAAAUCAGGAGUUAUUAUCUGGAUAAUCUGAGACAAUUAAUCAUGAUUCCUUUGCCAGACGUGCUGCUCGUUGGCAGGACUCCCUAUUGUGAACAAAGUCUGGAAGAAAUGAAGAAACUUCUGCUGUUACUGUUAGGAUGUACAGUUCAGUGUGAGAAAAAGGAGGAGUACAUCGAGAGGAUCCAGAUGCUUGACUUUGAUACAAAAGCUGCAAUAGCUGCACACAUUCAGGAGCUGACCCACAGUCAGGAGAAUGUGCUGGAUCUGCAGUGGCUGGAGUCCAGAGGCGUUCACCCAGAGGAGAUGGAGACCGUUGUGAGAAACGUGGCCACACACCUUCGACACGUCCUGGACCAGAGGGACAAGCAUCUGGAGACUAUAGUGGAGCUAAUGCAGGAAAAGGAUGGAGCUGUCAGCUUGCUCAGCAGCCCAUCCAGCCUGCAGUCUGCCAGCUAUUCUCCGAGCAAGCAGCAGCCUCAGAAACAGCAGACAGGGACCCAGCAACACCUGGCAGUGGAGCUGGCUGACUCCAAGGCAAAGAUCAGACGACUCAGACAGGAACUAGAAGAGAAAAGCGAACAAAUACUCGACUGCAGACAUGAGCUGGAAAACAUGGAGGCCGAACUGAAGAGGAUUCAGCAGGAGAACUACCAGCUGCAGGCGGACGCGCGUGCUGCCCGGACCUACCGGGACGAGCUUGACGCCCUGAGAGAGCGAGCCAUCAAAGCAGACAAGCUGGAAAGUGAAGUCGGGCGCUACAAGGAGCAGAUGCACAAGAUGGAGUUCUACAAAGCCAAAGUGGAGGAGCUGAAGGAGGACAACAGGGUCCUCCAAGAGACCAAAGAGGUGUUGGAGGAUCAGCUGGAAGGCUGGAGGUCCCGAACAGAUAAAAUCCACCAGCUGGAGAAGCACAAUCUGCUGCUGAAGGCCCGCGUCUAUGACAUGGAGCAGGAGAAGGAAACAGAUGUGAAGCAGAUUAAGGAGCUUCAGGAGGAGAACCUGGCUUUGUGUUUGGCACAGAGGAGGAGCAUGGAAGAGUCCCAACACUUGGGCUGGGAGCUGGAGCAGCUCUCCAAGACUACAGAAAACUCUCAUGGGUUGCAGACAUUGAGCGAAGAGGUCAGCGAAAGAACCCAAAGUCAAAUUUUAAAGCUGGAGAAGGAAAACCAGAGGCUCCUGAGGACCAUCGAGGAGCUGAGAGCUACAGCUCAUAACACCUGCAGGAAAACCCAACACACCCACCAUUUGGUGCGCAGCAGCAACCACUUUACCUCAUCAGCAGAGCAAUCCUUAGUUAAGACAACCUCCUGCUCAGCUACAGAAAACCACCCUGAUGCUCAAACACUGCAGAUCCCAAAUGGAGAUUCAGUCUGCCAGCAGCAACUCAUCACAGAAGAGCUGGAAGGAGUCCAAACUCAGAUCCUUCUUGCGGAUCACCCAGACUGUCAAAUGCAGGAGAAUGGACACCUACAGGAACAAGACAAAGAAAUGAUGUCAGGUCUGGAAAUCUUAGAAAAUAAUCACAAUCAGCUCCAUUGUUUUGUUGGGCCAUGCUCCCUAGAUUCACCGAGCAAAAGCCCACAACAUGAUAACAUUUGCGCAAGUCUGCCAACACGUUCCCCUUAUACUAGCAAGCACACGCAGCGACUGGAGGUUAAAUGCAGGGGUCUAGAUACGCUUAAUCAGCAGCUACAGACUUCUCUUUACAGCACCGAGCGUAAAGCUCAACGUUUGGAGGCUGAGGUUCAAGAGCUGGAAUCAGAGAACCAGACGCUGCAGGCAUCCCUUGAAGAACUUCGGAUCUCAUUAAGGCGCCUAGAGCAGCUAGAAACUGGGAAACAGAACCUGGAGCAUGAAACCACCAUGCUGGAGAGAGACAAAAGGCAACUAGAGAAAGAAAACCGAAGACUCCGACAGCAGGCGGAAAUUCAGGAAGCCAACUUAGACAGCCGUAACGUCUGCAUGGCAAGUUUGGAAAGAGAAAUGCGUCUACUAGUGAAGGAGAUGGAGGGGUUGAGAGAAACCUCUGAGAGAGUCAAAAGCUUGGAAAGAGAAAACAGAGAGCUGACCAAACAAGCUGCUAUCGACCAGAAGACCCUGGCCACCCUCAGAGAGGAGCUAGUAAGUGAGAAGCUGAAGACUCAGCAGAGAGACAAUGACCUGGAGAAGCUGUCCCAUGAGCUGGAGAUGAAAGUCCUUAAACAGGAAAGCACACAGCUAGAAGCACCAGACAGCAGGAUCAAAAUUCUAGAAUCGGAGCUGGAGUCAUCCCUGAAGAAGUCCCUGCAAAUUAAAGAUGACAAGAUGGUUGCUCUAGAGGCUCAUCUGCAGGAAUCCUCCGUUCUAACGCAGCGGCUUUGGCAGGACCUGAAGACUGUGAAGCUGAGCUAUGAGGCCAUGCAGCAGCAGCAGGAGGAAGAGUGGACCGCAUCAAGUUCUAGCCCUCCAGUACAGCCCAACAAGACCAUGACCGAGUGUCUGCGUGAAAGCCAGGAGGCUACCAGGGAGCUGUUGAGGCUUCAAGACCGCCUCAUUGAGGUCGAGAGAAAUAAUGCGACUCUAGAGGCUGAACGCCAGGCUGCGCAGGUCCAACUGAAACAGCUGGAGUGUCAGUCUGACAGCCAGCAGGCUCAAGUCCUCGCCCUUCAGAGGCAGGCUGCCUCUCUGCAAGAGAGCAACACAGCCCUGCAGACACACAAUGCUAACCUCCAGGUGGAGAAGUCUACACUAAAUUCACAGAGUGCCUCCCUCAUGGCCCAGAACGCUCAUCUGCAGCAGCAACAGUCCGGGAUAGAAAGUGAGCGGGACAGCGCUGUACAGGAGCGAGAAGAGCUGCGUGGUGCUCAUGAGCAGCUUCUGCGAGAUCACGAGCGGCUGACAGUGCUGCAUGAGCGACAAGCCAUGGAGUAUGAGGCUCUGAUGGGUAAACAUGCCUGUCUGAAAAACGUCCACCGCACACUGGAGUUGGAGAAUCGCACUUUACAGGACAGGUAUAACAACCUGCUGCAACAGAGAGCUAAGCUGGAGGACCUAGAGAAAACCUUGAAGGAGGAGCAGAUGAGGAUCUCUCUGGAGAAAGAAAAGCAUCAAACAACAGCAGCUGAAUGUUGCAGGCUUCGAGAUGAGAAGGACAGGCUCAACCGAACAUACAACCAGCUUCUCAGCGACAAUGAAGCACUUACAGCAGAUCACAAGCUGCUCAAGAGCCAGCUGAACGAGGCCAACCUAAAGCACACCUGGCUGGAGGCCGACUUCUCCAAACUCAAAAAGGAGUACCAGGAGCUGGACAUCUCCUCCACAAAACUCACUAACCAGUGUGAGUUGCUGAGUCAGCUGAAAAGGAACCUUGAAGAAGAAAAUCGCCAUCUGAUCAGUCAAAUCGAGACCCUAAUGCUGCAGAACCGAACCUUGUUGGAGCAGAAUAUGGAAAGCAAGGAUCUGUUUCAUGUUGAGGAGCGACAGUAUAUUGACAAGCUCAAUGAUUUGAGAAGGCAGAAAGAGAAGCUGGAGGAGAAGAUAAUGGACCAGUAUAGGUUUUAUGACCCCUCACCUCCUCGCAGACGCGGUAACUGGAUAGCCCUAAAGCUAAAGAAGCUGAUGAAAUCCAGCAGCCGUGAGAACGAACCUGAAACCACACACGUAGCUGCGGCAGAACCGCAGCUUUGCUCCCACGACAAUGGCUCCUUCAUUAGCUCCGAUGGAUCUGGAGGCUCGGCCUCCACUUCAGCCGGCGACUUCAUCUCACAGCAACGUAGCAGCACCUUGAGCAGCUUAUCCCACCCAUCGACCUCAUUUGAGGCAAAGCAGGACACUGAUGUGGACGAAUGCCAAGAGCACCUGCUGACCUCAUCUCUCAGUAUCUCAAUAUCAUCCAUCCUUCAACAUCCCUAUCAUUCCACCACUCCUCCAUCUGGCCAUUUCAACAACAACACCACUGACACUGGCCCACGCGUUUCUGAGCUGCGGCUGACAGACAAAGAUUCGAAAGGCAGCACUGUGCCAUCUGGAUGUGAUGACAGCGACAGGCUCCAGAAUCAUGGGAUGAAUGUAGUCCAGUGUGGACUCUUAAGUGAGAGCAGCGGUGAGUUGAGCCUGAGCCUGGAGAAUGAGCCUUGGUCAAAUGGCAGCAGUCCUGUCCAGCAGCCCCCAUCAUGUAACUCCUCCUCUUCCUACCAGCCACCCAGUGACACGUCCAGUCCGCAACCCCAUACAAACCUUCAGGAGCACAUGGAGAAAGCCUCUACAAUGCCGACUCCCAGCAGUCUGAACUCAGAUAUUGUGCAAAGGCAAAAAGAUCUAGGGCUGUCUCAGGACUUCUGGCUCACAAGAGGCACAAAAACCAUCCGAAAGGGGUCGAGGACAAAAAUGUCUCGUCACUCAUCAGACUCAGGCGGUGCUGACAAAAUUAACUCAGAGCUUAACAGGGUAAGCUCAAAAGAUGAAACAGCUCAAGCCUCUGCUUGUUCACCAAUAACAGUGCUGUAUGUUCAGGGUAAAUCAUCCUCAAUGUCAGGCUGCCUGAAUUGCUUCUCUACCCGUCUGGUGAAAGAGGGACAGCUGGGAGAGUUCAGGUGCCCUAAAAGUCUCCCUCGUGCCAGCAGUGUGAUUUCUUCAGCAGAGGGCUCAUCUCGACGCUCCAGCAUCACCAGCGAAUGCAGGAGGACUAUCCAAACUGAGCCAGCACAGACUACAGAAAAAAACUGUACACAGGAGCAAACACAAUGUCAGAGGCAAGAACAAAAUCCCGAUACGAGAAACAGUCAGCCUGGGCCCAUUCCUCCUGUCAAACCCCCAAGAGAUCCAACAGUUAUUGUUCCCACAGAACACCACACAUUCACUUUGCAGGAUCCAUCUCUUGGCUCGUCAUUCACCUUUAACUCUGUGUUCUCAGACACAAUUUUCAGGGACUCUGAGCCCACCACUACAACUCUCUUCGAUACAGUUGACAUGAGCACAAAUUUACUUUGUCCUAAUUCAUCAGCAGAGCAGAACGCUCCCCCUGAGAGAAAGGAAACUGCUGAGAAGACACCACAAGCAUUGCUUAGCUCUGAAAACGAGCAACGUGGGAAGACAGAAAAUGCAAAAGGGCUCUAUGGGAAGGACAGACUCCUCACAGGCACAUAAAAGCUGUUCUCAUGGUACCUUCAAAUACAUCUGGGUUUUUUUUUUUUCAGUGUUUAUCAGAUCAAUAUAAGCACAUGCCUUUUCAGAAUGCUUUCUAACGUUAGUCUCAGUAAAAAUGUUUAGAUUAUUUUGGGUUUUAUUAUAUUUUAUAUUCUAGUUUUGUUUUAUUCUAGCACACUAACGCACUCAGGCAGUAGAGUGCUAUGCUGUGCUCUCUUUAUACCCAAAGUCGUAACUCAGAUCUGGAAAAGAUGAUUAACCAAACUUCACUGAGUUCAGCUACAACUUGGAAAACCAGUUACAACAACUAAUUAUAGUGUUUUUCACUGCAGGUUUCCAUUUAAACAGUAAAUGCAGAUGUUUACUAACAGAUGUCACACAGUUCAUCUCUGUCCAAUUUAUUUAAUGAGAUACAAUCCAUCAGAAGUGCAAAUAAAAAAAUAAUUUCUGCAGCUUUCACAAAGUUUUGUGGAUGUUGUAAACAGGUUGGAUUUUGAAGUCAAGGUUGGCGAGAAACUUUUGCAGUUUAGUCUAUCUAUACACAUUGUUUUUAAAAAGGCCUCUGACAAGGGAUGUUUAUACAGUUCAUAAUUUAAAAGGCGGGAGGGGGGGGGGGGGGGGGGGGUUGGGGGAUUGUAUAUAGAAGUUCAUAAUAGACACUAUUUAAAUUUAUCUGUUUGUCUCAGUUGACUGUCAGAAAAUACGACCCUUUAUCAAACCAAAUUAACGCUAAGUGACCUCCUGCUAAUGUAUAUUAUUAAUCUGGAUUUAUAAGGACCUGUUUCCUUUGUGGAUUAGAUUUUAGGGAAUGACUCUAUGUCAGUCAGAAACAUCUUGCAGUAGACGUUACCAUUUGUUACCCCAAAACAGUCCGCUACAAAACAAACAAAACUGCAGAGAUAUGGAAUUGGAAAAGCCCAAAAUUACCAGAACCCCUCAAGAAUCGGAAUUUACAAGUAGGGUGCAAUAUAAAAUCUACGUAAAGUAUCAAAAUAAUUUACAAUUGAAAGUUUUUGAGAGAUUUGUAUUUCUUAUGAUUAUUUAUUUUCAUAUUUGAUCUAAAAUACUUCUCUGCCCUCAAAAAAGUGAAGUUCUGACUUUCAAGACUAAAUGGAACAAAAUGUUACAUUUUUUAGUUUCUGUUCACGGUUGUUGUUUUAUACCAAAUUAUUAAUAAAUGACAUACAGAAAAGCAUUUUUUGUUACAUUGGUGCUUGUCAGUUUUAAUUUUAGCUUUGGUAUUUUACUUUAGCUAUAUGACUGUUCUGUUAUAUAAUAAUCCUGUUAUGUUAUAUAUGUAUAUAUAUUUUGUUUUGUUUUUUUGCACAAUCUUAAGUCUAUUUAAGCUCCCCUCCUAAUGUCUGACCUGUAACUUAUUAUUACACUAAUUUGUGUUUAUUCACAGGAAUUAUAUGAUAUUUAUGUGAGAAAAUGUGUACCUGGAUGCUAUUUUCCUUUAAUAAAGACAUACAAACUGGUGAAA